AUGGACGUCUCAUUUGAAGUCUACCGCGGUUCACCCAGUGGUCACGUCGUAUCUGAUACUACAACUCGAAUCUUAGGACCCAAUGAGGUCUAUAUUGAAAUCACCCACUCAGGACUAUGUGGAACAGAUGAGCAUUAUGCGAAAUCAACCCAAGUCCUCGGUCAUGAAGGUAUUGGCAUCAUCAAACUUCUGGGUUCAAACGUAACCACGGUCAAGGCUGGUGACCGUGUUGGCUUUGGAUAUGUGCGCAAGGUCUGCAGUGCCUGUGAUAACUGUGGAACUGGUUGGGAUCAAUACUGCCGUAGCGUUAGGAUCUAUGGAGAAUGUGAUUUUGACAUCGGCACCUUCGGCCAUGGCACAGUCUGGGAUGUCAGUUGUGUCUUUCCCAUCCCCGAUGGCUACUUAUCUGAAGAUGCGGCUCCUCUCCUCUGUGCCGGGGCCACCGUCUGGAACUGCCUGAGUCAUUUCGGUGCUCGCCCAACAGAUCGGGUUGGCAUCCUCGGCGUUGGAGGCCUGGGCCAUUUGGCCAUCAAGAUUGCUGCCGAGAUGGGAUGUCAUGUCGUGGUCCUAUCCCGAACUGAUGAUAAGAAAGAGGAUGCGCUCCGAUAUGGCGCAGGGGAGUUUCAUGUUCUAGAUCAGAUUGACUCAUCCUCCUUUCGGCCGUUGCAGCAUUUGUUGCUCUGUGGAAGUCACCUCCUUGACCAAGCAUCGUUAGUCCCCUCCGUUAUGAUAUCGCUGUGA